GUAAUCGUCUGGCAAGGACUCCUGUCUCGCGCGGCAUCUCGCGUACAGCUGUUCCGCGCGCGCGGUUCGUUUCUUGUGCGAAGUAUUGAUCAGCGAACCGCAAGUGCGCUCAGCCUAGGAAGAUGCGACGGCACGUCGAUUCGAACGCCUGCCGCCCUUCCCGAUCCCAUAGCGGGGAGAAGAGACUGGACAGCAAAAUGGCGGUGGCUUCGGCUCCAUCACUCACCCUCCUCCAUGAUCGCGCUCUGGGCAGAAACGGGAUCUCCUCUGGGUCGAGCAGCCGGCGCGGCCGAUUCUCCGGAUCCAUGCGCAGACAUACCCACACAACUAAAUUACUUGGGCCAGAGGCUACCCUUCUACCAUGGGUGAAAGAGGAAAUGAAUUUCCGCUUCGUCCACUAGAGGAGAAUCAAGUCCUUAUUUUACCACAGAGCCAGGCACCAGCAGUUCAGCGUGGUUCUCAUACGCACAUAUGUGAAAGGGGUGAGGAGCUCAAUGGGUUACCAGCAGUCAAGACAAGUCCCAAGGAUUCCUACAAUCUGCUCUACUUGAUCCUGCUUGUGCAUGGCAUAGGCACACUCAUGCCGUGGAACAUGUUUAUCAAUGCCAAGGCUUAUUUUCAGAAUUACAAGUUGGCACCAGGUGGGCUUGCAAAUGACUCAGCUGAUGCGAAUGAGCUUACGCUCUACAGGAAUGACUUCAUGAAUUACAUAACGUUGGCCUCCCAGGUGCCAAAUUUGCUGUGCAAUUUUCUGAACCUUUUUCUUCAAUUUGGAGACCGUAGCCUCACGCCAAGAAUUGUCAUUAGUAUCCUCGUUGAAGCUGCAGUGUUUAUUGCAACUGUUGUGUUGGCCAUGGUGGACUCCUCUGAAUGGCAAAUCACAUUCUUCUACAUAACCAUGGCCCUUGUGGUGGUGCUGAACAUGGGCUGUGGUGUCUACCAGAACAGCAUUUACGGUGUUGCUGCCCGUCUUCCAGGCAAAUAUUCGAAUGCUGUUGUCCUUGGUUCGAACAUCAGUGGUACGGUUACAUCUCUACUAAACAUUUUCACCAUAGCAGCAUCACCAAAUGCCCGCACAGCAGCGAUCUAUUACUUCCUGUCGGCUUUGUUGGUGCUGCUCCUGUGCCUUGACUCCUACUUUGCCCUGCCUCUGCUGCGCUGUUACAGGCAUCACCAGCGGCUGGCUGCCAUGGCUUCUGCUCCCAGCAGCAGAUCACCUCGCUCACGCAGGCCUCCCUAUUGGCUCGUAUUCAAGCAGGUGUGGCCACAGUGCCUUAAUGUGUUCCUGAUAUUCUUUGUCACACUGGCCGCAUUUCCUGCAGUCACGUCAGACAUCAAGCGCAUUGAUAAAGAAUUUCCUUUGGAUGACAAGUACUUCACAGCAACAGUCUGUUUUCUUGGCUUCAACCUUUUUGCCAUGCUUGGCAAUAUUCUUCCUAUCUGGGUUCGUUGGCCUGGCCCACGUUUUCUGUGGGUGGCCGUAGUUGCGCGACUGGUGUUCCUGCCACUCUUCCUGCUCUGCAACUACCUACCCGAGGCACGCGUGCUGCCAGUCUGGGUAUCCAGUGAUUGGGGAUUCGUAGCUGCCAUGAUCGUCUUUGCCUGGUCAAGUGGAUACCUGAGCAGCUUGGCCAUGAUGUAUGCACCUCGGGCAGUGGCCAGUUCAGAGCAUGCGCCGAUUGCCGGCAUGAUGGCAGCGUUCUUCUUGGUCCUUGGACUUUUUGUAGGAGGAAAUGCGGCAUUUUUGGCACCUCGUAUUGCCAAAGGAAGCUGGUUCUAAAAUGCUCCACAACAUUAUUCUUGAGAGGAAGCCACGCUUUCGAUGUGAUGUGAGCUGACCAACUAAAUUAACGGGUGAAAAAUGAUAGCACGUGCAACCUUUAUACGUUAGAGAUCAUGAUUUUGUACUUUUAGACACCACUUUUGUUGUAAAUUUCUGCGGUCAAGGUCUUUGUGGGCAGCUUGCCAAGUGCUCAAGUAAUGACAGGUUGAUCUUUGCAGUGCAUUUUUUAUGGCACCGAGUAUCGAGGACAAAGUUCAGGCUCACUUCUAGAAGACUUGGCCACUGUCCAUGUGUAGUGUUACGAUGCUUGGACUAAAGAAAUUUCAGCUGCCAUUUUUGACAGGCACAAAAGUUGUAAAUGUUUGUGGAAAAGGCUUUUGGCAGCAAGCCUACAAGUAUUCAAGUGUUGGCGGAUUGAUAAUUAUAGUUGCCAUUGACAACACUGAGAAACAAAUGCAAUUUAUGAUUGUUACUGUAAAACAUGCUAGUGUUUGACAUUUCUUUUACCAUGGUUCAUGCAAGAGAUUAACUGCAACAUCAUUUGCUGGUGCUCAUAAUCUUGUAGUACAGCUAGCCACAUGCACAAGGUUUGUCAUAGCUGUGGUUCUUAAAAAAAAUGCUUGCAUGCAAUUAUGACAUAUAUUUGUUGUAGGCAUUAUCACUACGGCUUGAAGUAGAAACCAUGUGUGAAGCUUCUGAACUUAGUGCAAGUCUGGGCGUAGCCAGAAAAUGGUACUUUUUGUUAAUAACAACUUUCUUUUAUAGAUUGUGUGAAUGGGAAAUCUCAUGCAGGUUUAUUUCAUAUAAAAACCAAUUUCAUGGACAUGUGUUCAUAGAAUGCAAGUGAGCAGUGCAGCAUUGUGUAGCUUGACCUUAUUUUAGUCUUCUGGCUCUUGAUAUAAUUGUUUCUUGUAUCAGUAUUGGCAAUCAGCAGUUAAUACAUUGUUGGAUUGCCACAGUGCAUUUUGUUAAAUCUUUUCUACAGUCUACGCAUACUCCACUAGUAGGUUUGGAGCACUUUUUCUUUGCAUCACUGGUGAAAAAAUCUAGCUGACUGAUUGAUUAGACCUAAUACCUCACUCACGGUCUUGCUCAUUCUUCCCAAUUGAACAUCUUAAUUUCAAACUAAACAUGCAGAUCAAAGAAAACAUGCAAUAGCAAAAUAACAUGCAUACCUGGUUUGCUGUUGUCACAGCAACUGUUUUUUUCUUGGACUGCUUUCUCAUGGAAGCAUGAAUUUGUUUUGUUCCUGUGUUCAUAAAGAUUGUGCUAUCCCCUGAUGGCCUGUGCUAGGUUCAAGUGUGGAAAUAAUGGAAAAUUGACAUAGACUGCAAGUUCAGCUUUUGGUCAGAAACUGCAAUACCUGGCAUCAUAGUGCAGGUUAGUGUCGGUACACAAAACCUGCCACAAUUGGCCCACACCGAAAAAUAAAAGAAAGUACAAAGUAGAAGUGCAGGGUAUAUGUGAAUUUUGCCUUCAGGUAUGGCUUUAGGGUAGGGCACUCUGUAUUGCCAUGAGGCCAUACCUGAAAGCAAAAAUUUUCAUAUAAAUGCUUCUGCACUGUGAUGAAACUUCACCACACUUCAAUGUGGAGCUGUAGUGAAAGCAUUCAUCAGAGAGCACACAGAACAAGAUUUCUGGAGCUCUGCUUCACGCUGCGAGUGGUGCUGAGUUUGUAAUUAUUAUAAAUAUAUUAGCUUUCUUCUCUGGAGUUUGUGUGGAUUUUCCUUAUCUUCAAAGAUUGUUUCUGGCAGUUCAGAUUAUUCAGAGGGGCGUGCUUUAUGAAACAAAAUGUAGUACGUACUAACUACUGGCCAAGUUGUCCCUGUUAAGUUGCAACAACACAUCAUGCCAGAUUACCUACUUUGUUUGCAAGUGGUUCUGGGAGCUUUAUUUUUCAUGAAACCAUUGCUUACUAGUAACAUGUUAAAAGGCACCACAGAUGUGUAUAUUGCUGUGUAUAAAAACAAUUACUUGCAAUUUGCAUCUGUAUCUUUCUGUACUGCCAUUAACUAUAUAUGGCUUUUUGACAAAUCUGUUGCAUUGUCUUGUCACUUGCAUAUUGCAACACCAAAGCUGAAAGCUGCAUUGACUGAAGCACCACUGAGGAGACAAUGUGUCUGUCAUGUAUACAUACAGGCACAAUAUUGGCAGUGCUGAGAUGCAGGAAACAUUUUUUUUUCUAUUUUUUUCUUCUAGUGUUGGUAAUUGUAAGUAUAAUAAUUCUUUUAUGUACAUGCAGAAGCAGAUAUAUAUUCAUUUUUUAUAUAUAUAUAAUUGCCAGGGCUGUUUAUACGUGCUCAGGGCAAAUCCAUUUGCAAAUCACAUUUAUCUCAGGAGCAUGAGAAGAAACAGAUUGAGAAAUCUGCCCUUUGACGACGAAGUCGUAAAGUUCACAUUUUUGCUUGUUCUGUUAAGAAAGCUAUUUUUGGGCCUGUUGAGAAAGAGCAUAUGAUGCAUGUCUAAGUGGGGCUGAUUUGACACACUUUUAAAGCAUUUUGCAUAGCAGAUUAUUUGGAAAAUUCAAUUAAUUUAUUUUAGCUCAUCAAAGUCGUCGCAUAUUACUCUUUAGCUGUUGUACCGACUUUGGAUGUUCUAGCUGAUCAUCCGAAGAAGAGCUCUGUUGGAGCAUUCUGGAGAAGGACAAUUUCUGAGUUGACUUACUUCAUUGCUCAUUCAAGUGUGCUUGUGGAGGCCUUUACAACACGUUGAGAUUCCUGAUGUCUUGGUCUUGUAAAAAAUGAGCUUGUAUUCACCUGUGGCUGUUGGGAAGUUUUUGUGGAUGUUUGACGUACUGUCAUCUUAUAUGUGCAGUUGCCGUAUAUGUUUGAUGUCUCCAUCAGGCUGUUUUUUAUCUGAUGCAUUUGGAGACCUGUUAGCGUAUGUUUAUGGUGUUUUUUGUGCAUCUAUGGUGUGUUACUGUCAGUUUCAAAAGGCGUGGGGAUGGUCAGAGUAAACAUUUCAGUGACAUAGCUGUGUCAGCUCUUUUUCUUUUUUUCCUUUAAGUUCAAGUGAUCUCCUGCAACUUCAUUGUAUGGGUAUGUGCAAAGUAUAGUGUUCUUUAUAGCUCAAUUUCUCUUUUUUUGGUCUUGGGUUUCUCACUAAUACAACUGUUGUUUGUUUUUACUGUGGGACACAUGAUUCACUUUUUUUUUUACAUAUGUCACUAUCGGAAAAUGUUUCUGAACCGCUCUCAUGUAGUCAGGGCUGUAGUGCGGAUCAAAUAAUUUCAAGUCAUGUCUCCAGUGGUCAGAUGUAAACUAAGCAAACUGUCCAUGAAGACUAACCAUUGUGUUCGUAUUUGAUGUGUUUGAAGUAGUUACGGCUACCUACUUUUCUACAAACUUCAACAUUAGAGGUAUGCCUUAAUUAGAGAACAUUCAUAAGGCAGUUUGACUAGUCAGCAGGGUCACUACUGCGGUAAUUGCCUGAAAAUGCUACCUCACAGAGGCAACUUGACAUUGUGCACUAUUCUGCUAUUAUUGGUGGCUUAGCCCAUUGUGUCGAACAAGUGGAGCUUGAGUGGCUACAUGCACAUGUUCAGGGCCGUACCACUACGCAGUUCUUCUAUUGAUCAACGUUAGGAGAAUGAAAUGGUGACAGCAAGCAUUACGGGAUGGUGCAAGAAAGUAAGUACAACAGAUUGUUUUUGCAGUGUGCUGCUGUAUUUAAUUGAAAAAAGCUAGCAUAACAACUUCUUGUUUGCUAGUGGUUGGUGUUAUUCCUUCUGGGUAGCGGUGGCAUAUUGCAUAUUUGCACAAGCAGCAGUAAUUCUUAAAGUUUACCCUCGUAUUUUCUCAUAACUGCUCUUGUGAAAUGGCUAUGUAGACUCAUGUAAUAGCUACACUUUCUUUUCUUUCCUUUUUUUUUUUGAAGAAUUUGCAAAAAUAACGGGUGUAGUAUUUUACGCACACACAAACAUUACUGUAGCUGGAUAUUGUUUACAAAGUUAUGUUGUUCUUUACACAAAGGUGCUACCCACAAGUGCAGGAAGAAAUGAUUUGGCUUAUACUUUUUGGACACACUUAGAACGCCGACACAUGCAGCACCAGCAAGUACAAAACAUGUCAGUAUACAGCAAUGGAUCUGCCUUGAAAUUUAAAAACUUGGUUAGUUGCCUUCACAGCAAGAUGGCAGUUCUCGCCUGCUAUGGUCCAAGAAGUAUGGUCUUUAAAUUUUUUUUUUCAUUUUUUUUUUUAGUUUUUACUUAAUGUUCAAAGUGUAGCAAUUGCACAAGCAUGGCUAUUACUUGAGCCUAUGUGGUAUCUGCUGCUGGAAAAUGUUGCCUUGUGAUGGUUUAGGACCCAACAAGUAACUGAUGUUGCUAAAUAUACAAUAAAUGAGCCUUUGGAUUCAGAAAACCAAAGCUGAAGAAAUAAGUUAAAUGGGGAACUUGUA